UAUAAUGUCUUGUUUUGUUUUGUUUGCGUACUCUCAGCAGACGUAUAAAUAAAAAGUUGUUAUUUGCUCUAAUUUGUAAAAUUCUCUACCUGUUUCCAAUUAAAACAUAAAGCAUAAUAUCCAUAUCCAUAAAGUUAUUGGCAACGAAAGCUUCAAUCGUACUGGCAGCCCUAUUAAUCCACGUCUAAUUGUUCAUUAGCUGCUGCGACAUUUUGUGUUCAGUCAGUGAAGUGGUGAAGUGCAAGAUUACGCGACAGAAAAUAUAAAGAAAAUUAAAUAAAUCUUAUAUUCUACGGAACCAAACAAAAUUUAACUUUUUGUACAGAUAUAAUACUAAUAAACAUUACGUGACUGCCCGAAGAAAUUGUGAAACUUGCUGGUCGCAAGCAAAUAAUUCAUACGAAAAAAAGGAAAAUACGUGUACAUCAAGAGUGCCGAAUUAUUAGUUGAUGCUCGGUUCGGUUCGAUGCGCACUCAAAUCCGAUUAAAUUAACAGUAAAAAAGUUCGUUCACCCACAACAACGCAGCAACGAAGUCCGCAGUCAUCAUUUCAACAUCCACCUCCCCACGAACGCAUCAUAGCACAACAGAAAUAAUAACGUAGAGACAACAGAUAAAUAUCACCAACGCAUUUGCCAGUUUUAGUAUUUUCACGCAAAAUUUACUCAAUCAUAGUGCGGAAAACAGAAAAUUUGUAAAGAAAAGAAAUUUUGUGGUGCUUACCUUGGCAGUGACAGCGCCGACAGAAGUGCAAGUCAGUAAAGGAAGCUCAAGUAGUAUUGGAUAAGAAGCUGCUGCCUGUUUCAUUAAUAUUAACUAAAUAAUAGAUACAUAUAUACAUAUAAAUUAAGGCCGUAAUCAAAUAGUGAAUACUAAGAAAACUACAGAACUGAGUAGAGUGAAGGCUUUAACAUGUCAUCAGCUGAGGAGCAAAAUACCAAGAUGAAUGAAUUGACGCCGGAAGAGAUACGCGCCCGAAGAUUGCGCACCUUAGCGGCCGUUAGUACGCCAAAAGUAAAUUCGCCCUGUAGCAGCAAUGCUACCAUAACAGAGAGCUGUUCAAGCUCCAGUACAAUCCCAGGGACUCCAGCAACAGCGGAUGAUGAGAAAAGUUUAGCGCCUCGCUGCCUAAAUUAUUCUGCAAAUGAGUCCCGUUUGUUACGCACCCAUCUCAAUGCUCCAGCGGAAGCUGACUCAGAAAAUAUACAGGCCACUUCCGAUCCCACUAAAAUGGAUGUUGAUGUCGAAAUGAAUUCGAUAAAUACCACACCUACUCAGCCUAUGGAUAUAGCGAAAUGCUCUUCAGUUCUAACCCCUGUCUCGUCUGCUUUCACAACUCCAACCGAUAUCCUUGUUAAGGAAGAGGCUGAUAAUAAUGGAUUAGUUAAGACUAAGGGUAAUGACAUAGAACGCAUGGAGACGACAGAGACUACAGAAACGAUCAGCGAACGUAAACAGCCUGAGCAAUCGGUAGAUGAACGCAUCGAAGCUAUGAUUUCGAAAAUUUUCAAUGCAACCUGGAAUGAACAUAGCGUCGGCUCAAUGAUAUGCCCCCGAACUGCCAGUUUUCUGGAACAUUAUCCGCAUAUGCGUUUUGAGUUUGAAACAAUCAUACAUGAUGUACUUUUGGAAUGUGUGCUGAAGAUAUAUAAAGAAGAGCACGAGACAAAAGAAGGUGCCAGCGGAACAAAAGCUGCUUCGGCUAAUACCGAUGCAGAUGUGCCGUCUGGAAGUGGCAGUACUUCAGCAGCGGCUCUAAAUGCCAAUGACAAUAAUAAAGCGACUUCUUCGACAUCUACAACCUCGUCUACAGCUACAGCAUUGACAACGGCAACUGCGAAUCCGACGUAUUCAACGCCGAAAAAGAUUAAAAGCGAUGACACAGAAGUACAAGAGAUCUUAGCAAACGCUCCGCCAGGCAGUGCUGGUGGCACACGACCAUCGAUUUUCUUUUCGGAAAACGCAAUGAGUGGCGGUGGCAGUAGCGCUCGCGACGAUGAUCAACCGACAUCAUCUCAAGCAGCAGCGAUUACGUCUACUGGCGCUAAUUUAGAUUGCGCUAGUUAUCCUGCACCAUCCUCUAUAAUUGUGCGCGGCACUGCAGCUAAGCAGGAGGUACUCUUGUAUUUAGUAAAUUGCCAUCGACAGCGCCAACAAUACUUAACGGAUAACAGCGUUAGUAGCAGUAGUGAUCCACUUGAAGUGGCAACGAGAAUUCAAAGCGUACUACAACAAGUAUAUGACGCCAUAAUGCGUACCACCAUACUUGUGCUUACAGAUCGCAUCUAUGAAAAUGUGAAUUAUAUAUUGGAUCAAUCGGCCUUGCUAGAAACGCUAUAUCAAGGUCGCGUACCCGAUGGAUUUUUGUAUGAUUUGGUGGCUACUGCAUAUAAUCAACACGAAGAUUUUCAACAAAUAUUCACUCAAGUUUUGCGCGGGCUCUUCAUUGGAAUGCAACGUAACAUUUGCACAGCCAACAUCAACACCCAACAAAUCGAUUUGUUAGCUAAAUUGGUAACCAUUAAAGUGGGUUCGGCGCGCCCGAUUUGUGAUUUGAUUGCGUCACAAGUGAAUUUCCUUCCCGAAAUAUGUACGAAGAUACCCGGCCGAGAAAUAGUGAAAUGCAGUUAUCUAGGCCCGUUUCUAUCCGUCUCGUUGUUCGCCGAGGAAAACGUGAAAUUUGCCGAGGCGCAAAGCAAGAGCAAUCUUAUUGUAUACAAUAUGUACCACUUUCGCUGGGAAAUGCAAUCAAUGCGCACUUCUAUGCAUACAGUGUUUCACUCUUUGCUAGUGAACGUAAAUAGCCGCCCUAAAACACUCGAAUACAUAAGCAAAAUAUUAAGCUAUAAUGAACGUCGUGCACAGUUCGCUUGUGAUGAAAAAUUGCUUGCGCGCGAUGGUUUUGUCAUAAAUCUAAUGAGCGUAUUGCAGCAGCUGUCGGUGAAAAUCAAAUUGGAUCGCAUCGAUCCCGCAUUUCCAUUUUAUAAAGACUCGUUGAUCUCCAUUGAGAACGAUACGAAAUUACGUUUUACCGAUACCGAAUAUAAACGGUUCAUUGAAAGUAAUUUCAGUACGGCCACUCACAAUGCCAACUUCCAGACGCAAUGUUGGUUCCUUACACUUCAAGCACAUCAUUUGGGCUUUAUGCCAGCCAUUCAACGCUACCGACAGAAGGCUCGUGCCAUUAAAGAAUUACAAAAGCUCAUUGACGAAAUCGAUCGCACCAAAUCGCAUUGGGAGAAUACACCUUACGCAAAAAGGAAUAAACAAUUCCGUGAACGUUGGCAUAAGCAAUUGAAAAAGUUGACCAGGUCGAAAAUGUGCAGUGAGCUGUGCUUGCUCGACUCCAAACUCUUGACUUCUUGCAUGUUCUUUUAUUCGACGGUUUGUGAAUAUCUACUAUAUCAGAUUGAGGGACGCGCCAUUGAGGGCCCCUUUAUAGCUAAUGUACCGGUAAAUCAAUUGACGCCAACGGAUGCAUUCUCCGCACUGCCCGAAUGGUAUGUGGACGAUAUUGCCGAAUUCAUACUAUUUGCCAUGCAACAUGCGCUCAGUGAUAUACGGCAAACAAUUGAUCAUUCGAUAAUCACAUGGUUGCUGACAUGCGUCUGUGUGCCCAAUCUCAUUAAGAAUCCUUACGCCACUGCCAAAUUAGUUGAGGUGUUAUUUGUGUUCUCACUUGGACCACAAAAUGCACUAAGUGUAGCUAUGUGGAAUCACGAAUUGGCUCAGACUGUGCUUUGUAGCGCGCUCAUGAAAUUCUACGUAGAUAUUGAAACGACUGGACAAAGCACUGAAUUCUAUGAUAAAUUUACUAUUAGAUAUCACAUAAGUCAUCUAUUUAAAUCAAUGUGGGAAAAUCCUGUGUUGCGGCAGGUUAUGAUAACCGAAUCGAAUUCAGGCAACCAAUUUGUGAAAUUCAUAAAUAUGCUAAUGAAUGACACCACAUUCCUGUUGGACGAAUGCCUGGAAAAUUUGAAACGAAUACAUCAGACACAGGUGUUGAUGAUGGACGAAAGCAUGUGGGCGCAAUUGAGCACCGAAUAUCAACAGGCUAGACUCUCCCAAUUAAAUACUGAUGAGCGGCAAUGUCGUUCGUAUUUGACACUUGCACGCGAAACCGUGGAAAUGUUUCAUUAUUUAACGAACGACAUUAAAGAGCCAUUCAUGCGCGACGAGUUAAUCGAUCGUCUCAGUUCGAUGUUAAAUUUCAAUUUACAACAAUUGUGCGGCCCCAAGUGUAAUGAUCUGAAAGUACGCAAUCCAGCCAAAUAUGGUUGGGAGCCACGUCGGCUGCUGGGCGAAAUUUUUGAUAUAUAUACACAUCUAGACUGUGAUAGGUUUGCGCAGGCAUUGGCCGCCGACGAGCGUUCAUUUCAGAAACAUCUAUUUGACGAUGCCGCCAGCCGCAUAGAACGUUUAGGUAUACGUUCUACGAUUGAAGUGGAGAAGUUCAGGUCAUUAAUUAGCAAAGCGCAUGAGGUUUACCUUGCGAAUCAGGUAGCCGAAGAUGAGUGGGCCGAUGCGCCCGACGAAUUCAAAGAUCCGCUAAUGGAUACACUAAUGACGGAUCCAGUAAAGCUGCCGUCGGGUACGAUUAUGGAUCGCUCUGUUAUAACACGGCAUUUAUUGAAUAGCAACACUGAUCCGUUCAAUCGCCAACCGCUGACCGAAGAUAUGCUCGUGCGAAAUAUUGAACUGAAGCAACGUAUCGAGGCUUGGCGGAAAGAGCGACGUUUCAAGCGACAAAAAGAACAAAAUGUUCGCGUAAAUGAUAAGAGCUGCUAAAUAGCAUUCAUGGCGUGGGACGAACGGUGACUGGCACACAAGAAGAGCCAUGACUGCAGUCUGCUUUUCACACUGCUGCUGUCACUGCUACUGCCGCCGAAGCAGCAGCUUAUUGUACGGCGUAGUUAAUGAAUCGAAUUUUAAUUAGUUGUUUUGUGUGAGUGCGUGUGUAUGAACCAAAAAAAAAAAAAAAAAAAAAAUGUCUUAAGAUAGACUUUUUUGCUUCUUUGCACCUCAGUACAAUUUGAGGUUCUCUUUUCUUUACUUUUUUUGGAAAAAUAAUACAAAUAUUCUCCUUAGUCGUUUAUGAAUUUUUUUGUAAUUAUUUAUUUUUGUACAACUUUUUUCUGUUACGAAGAAAAAAAAAAUGCAAAAUGCCGUUAAUAUUUAUAUUUUUGCUUUACUAUAAUUUUUUGUUAUUAUUGUCUUGGUAUCUGUAUUUACCACCUAGUGGAUAUGUCUAUAACGUAGUUGAAAUUCGCAAUAAUUUAAAUUUAAAUUUAUACAUACAUAUGCAAACAAAGGAGAACAAAAACGAACACACAAAAGAAAGGAAGUGUUGUGUUGGUAAGAUUUCCGCCCUCCUUCAAUAAUUCAAUAUUGUCAAUUGAUUUGAAUAUACCAACACAUGUAACCAGAACAGAAAACAAACGAAACAAAGCAGCAAAAUAUAACAAAAAAGGCGUUUAAAAAUACGAUUUUUUUAUGUAAGCAUUAGUUUCAAGCUAAGAAUGAAAAAAAAAAUUAACUUAAAAGUAAUUAAAAUAUAUGCAUAAUAUACGAUGGCCUAUAUUUGAUUUAAUACAAUUUUUACAUAUAUGAGUACAUACAUGCAUAAAAGUAUAUAUACAAUUACAUACAUUACAUAAAAAUAGAAAUGUUAAUUGUAAGCUACGUUUAGCAUUAAAUGGCGACGUCAUUACCGUCGCGCGUAAAAAUAAAAAUUAAUUUCUUGAAAAAAUGUUUAAAAUCCUAAA